UAUAGCCAACAACACUUUGAAUCAGUUGGUUAGUUAGUCAGUCAGUCAGUCAGUCAGUCAGUAGUCAGUGUGUCUUUGGGACCAAUAUCAUCAUCAUCAUCAUCAUCUUUAUCAUCAUCAUCUUGAUAAAACAAUAAUAAUACCAUUUGAAGUUGUGGGUGGAGGAUAUAUCAAGAGGAGCCAAAAGUGCUCGCUCAAAUGUGGAAAAAUAAUUAUCAAUUAUUUAAUCAAAGACUCCAGUGAGCAAAAUUAAUCAACAAGUGUCUAUUUUUUUUCUUACUUAAUUUUUGCUUGUGAUAAAAAUUAUUUAUUUAUAUACAUAUAUAUAUUUUUUUUUUUUAAAUUCGUUUUAAAAUGAUUAAAAAUAAAAUGAAAUAUUUUAUUUUAAAUUUUUUUUUCAUAAUUUUUUUAAUAAAUCAUCAACAAGUCACUGGACAAGAUGAAGAAUCUCUUGCAAGCAGUUUUUUUUCUGGACUAUUUGAUGCAGUAUCAAGUACUGCCGAAUCACCAAAUUGUCCUGGUGACUGUGUUCAUACAUUAGCAUCAUUUAUGUGUGAUCAUGUUAUUGAUGAUGUUUGUCCACAACAAUCUAUGAGAUGUUGUGUUGAUAGAUCAACCAAUAGUACCACAACAGAUUCAUCAUCAUCAGAAGAUGAUGAUGACGAUGAUGAUAGUAAUAAUAAUAAUAAUAAUAAAGUUGAAUCAUCAUCGUCAUCAUUAGUUAAUAAAAAUGUUGAUUCUACAACAACAUCAUCAACUACAUCAACAACUACGACUACGACAACACAACGUCCUACGUCACCACCACCAUCAUCAACAUCAACGACAACAACAACAACAACUACAACAACGACAACAACACCAGCACCAGCACCAGCACCAACGACAACAACUGUAGCAACAACAACGACAUCAUUAGCAACACCUGUUAAAUCAAAACCGGGAGAACAUAAUGUUACAGAAAAACCAUCAAUUACAAAUUGUAGUAUGGGCGUAUGCAUUGAGGCAACAUUUUUUGUAUACUGUGAGGCUGUUGUUAAUAUAGGUGGUAUUUGUCCAUCAGGACAAAGAUGUUGUGUAUCAUUAAAUUCAUUUGGUAAUAAUAUACCAAAAGAAGUACAUAUUAUUGAUAGAACCAAAGGAAAUAUGACAAAAAAUGAAUUAAAAACAAAUGACAAAUCAUCAAGUACCAUUAAACCACUAUUAGCUGCAACAACAUCAUCAACAACAACAACAUCAACAACAACAGUAGCUCCAAUACCACAAAUAAAAUUACCAUCAAGAAAACCAUGUAAAGGUUCAUGCAAUAAUGCACUUAUUGCAGCAUUUUUAUGUAAUCAAGUUGAUGGAGAUGCUGAGUGUGGUUUAGAUGAAGUAUGUUGUUUACCAGAUCCACCAGCUGCAGCAUUACCACCAUCACCACCACCGCCAUCAACAACAUCACGACCAAAUAAACCAAUUCACACAAAAUCACCACCUUGUCCUGGUAGUUGUUGGCCAGCUGUAAUGUUUCCACUUUGUCCAAAUCCAAUUAAAAGAGCAGCAUGUGGUUCAGGUUUUUGUUGUGAUAUUAAUUUACCAUCACCACAAUCUACUUCAAAACCUCGUCCAAAACCAGCUGCAACAAGACCAACAACAACAACAGCUGCACCACCACCAGAUCCACGUCCAGAUUGUCCUGGCUCAUGUAUUCUUCCAUAUCUUGGAUAUUUAACAUGUUUUAGAAAUGCUGAACUAACUAAAUUAUUUAAAUGUGAAAAAUCAGAUCGUCAAUGUUGUGCACCAAAAUCACUCAUUAGACUUGCCAGUGGUAAUACAACAGAGCCAACAUCAAUCAAUAGAAAUGAUACAUAUUUACCAGAAUAUUCAAGACCAUAUACAUCAACAAUUACACCAUUAUCAUAUGAAACAACAUUAACAACAACUACAGCAUCAUCAUCAUCAUAUCCAUCAUCAACAACAACAACAACAUUGUCAAUUGCUACAAAAACUCCAGUUUAUAGUAAAUAUGUUUGUGGUGUCAAGGGAACAUCAAGAGGACCAAUUCAAGCACGUAGUCUUUCAAGAGAUGCCAGAGUUGUUGGUGGUGAAGAUGCUGAUGCAAAUGAAUGGUGUUGGCAAGUGGCACUUAUUAAUUCGUUGAAUCAAUAUCUUUGUGGUGGUGCAUUAAUUGGUACACAAUGGGUUCUAACUGCUGCUCAUUGUGUUACAAAUAUUGUAAGAUCAGGAGAUGCAAUUUAUGUACGUGUUGGUGAUCAUGAUUUGACAAGAAAAUAUGGUAGUCCAGGUGCCCAAACAUUACGUGUUGCAACAACAUAUAUACAUCACAAUCACAAUAGUCAAACACUUGACAAUGACAUUGCAUUGUUAAAACUUCAUGGUCAAGCUGAACUUAAAGAUGGUGUUUGUUUAGUUUGUUUACCUGCUAGAGGAGUUAGUCAUACUGCUGGUAAACGUUGUACAGUUACUGGAUAUGGAUACAUGGGUGAAGCUGGUCCAAUUCCAUUAAAAGUACGAGAAGCUGAAAUUCCAAUAGUCAGUGAUGCUGAAUGUAUUAGAAAAGUAAAUGCUGUUACUGAAAAAAUAUUUAUACUACCAGCAAGUAGUUUUUGUGCUGGUGGUGAACCUGGAAAUGAUGCUUGCCAGGGUGAUGGAGGUGGACCACUUGUCUGUCAAGAUGAUGGAUUUUAUGAACUUGCUGGUCUUGUUUCUUGGGGCUUUGGUUGUGGUAGAGUUGAUGUUCCUGGUGUAUAUGUACGAGUAUCACAAUUUAUCGGUUGGAUAAAUCAAAUAAUAUCAGUUAAUAAUAUCAGUUAAUAAUAAUAAUAAUAAUGAAAUAAUAUAUUGAGUUUGUGUAAUAUUAAUUUUAAUUAAACAUUGCUGCCUCUUGACGAUAAAGUAGAUUUU